GGUGGUUGAUUUAUAGAACCAUGUACUGUAGCUUAUUGCUACUAAUACGUAAGAGGGGCAAUCUUUCAUACUCUCCCCGUCUUAGGAGAACCUGGAUAUAAUUAGAUGUGUCGUCCUGACAGUAAGAUGUUAAGUCUGACCUCUACAGGCACCAAAAUGUGUCCGACGUACUGUCGUAAACCAUAAAUGUUCAUGCUAUGGAUACACUGCCUCCAGAGGUCUAUUGGAUGUUGCUAGGAGAUCUGCCACUCAGUGAUCUAUGCAACAUAAGUCGAUGCAGCAGGUCGCUUUGCGAGAUCGCCAAACCGAUGCUCUACCGUGUCCUUCACCUUAACUUCAACGACGGAAACUUAAGAUCUCAGGCACUCCUACUAUUAAGGACACUGGUGUGUAACCCAGGUCUCUCCAGGUUCGUAAGGUCCAUCUCUCUUGAGAACAACGGAUCGGGAGGCUGGACAAAGGGACAUUCGCAACUUUUAACUCUUGUACUGUCCGGUGUGAGCUUACGCCCGGAGAGAAUUAGGGGGUUUUCCACAACCUCUUCCUGGGUUCCACUUGAUAAAUACUUCCUCAACCUCAAUUCCGUAGUGUAUACAGGCCAUAUAACGUCCGCUGAACUUGGUUGGUUUCGCUGGCAUCUAUCGAACUGCAAACAGAUAUCACGUCUUCAUUUAUGUCUUCCUAAGCGCGUAUCUAACUACCGUUUUCGCCUGCUGGAGGCGGCCUCUCUUGAUUGUUUGAGUGAACUCUGCCUUGAACAUUGUGCGUUAGAACCUUUCCUUCCAAAGCAUCCAUGGAGGUUACAGUGGCUUGACCUAAGAUUCUGCUCAGGUACCGAGGCCUUCAUCGAGCGGUUAUUAUCAGGCAAUCAGCUGCGAUUCGUGAAAGUGCUCCGUCUUUCUGGUCGGUUAUCACGAAGGACGUUUCUCUCUUUACUAUUUUCCUUGGACGAAAAUCAUCACUUGGAACAAUUAUCCUUUCGCCUGGACGGUUUGCUACAACUGGCAGAAGGAGAUCAUAACGGCAGGUCGCUAGCACCAUUGAAACUCGAGGUUUCUCUUGACGGUUUGCGGACGAGAAUCCUAGGCCACCUCAAGACUCACGGCUCUAGGCUGCGAUCAGUCAUAGUAGAUAUUCGGCAGGACAUAGACUUCUGCGAGCCCUGCCUAUCAUUCUCAAUAGAAGAUAUGGCGAUUAUUAUCAACUCUUGUCCUUCUUUGACGUUCUUGAGUUUACCUGUCCAUUUUCGUAACGUAUCCCCGGACCAAGUCAGACAUCUACACUACCCAGUUAAACUUCAAGCCCUGCAUAUGAGGGGCGACUGUGGCUCUUUCAGUGAUGUGGCUAGAAAUAUCAGUACAUUGGUCAGCGUGUUUAAAUUUCCGCCGAGUUUCCAAGCCUUUGUGGGUCACGGCAAGUCGCUAAAGAUUAUUCACAUACCGCCUUCAGGACGUUCCUUUUUUACUAGUGUUAGCAGGAGCCAAAGGUUGUCCUAUUGCCUCGAUUUAUGAUCGCUCACUGUAACCGGGUGGUGUUCUGUAGGUUGAGUUAUUACAGAAGCGGCGCCAACAACGGGUGUAGAUAUUAAAAGUUGAGCUUUUCUUUUCCCUUUUCCCUUUUCUCUUAUUG